AUUUCGGAUUUCGGAAUUCGAUGAACUCUGAUUAAUUUAGGAUAUUAAAAUUAAAAUGAAUACCUCAUUUCGUACUGUAAACAGACUAUUAUUUAGUAACAUAAUCAAAAGACAGAAGGGCUACAAAGUUGUAAAGAGGCCCGAUCUGAAUAGUUUGAAAAUGCCUACACCAGAAAGUGCGCCCAGUAUUAUGGAGAUUAUUAAAGAGAAACUACGUUUAAAUGGGCCAUUAACAGUAGCAGAAUAUAUGCAUAUAGUAAUUACGAAUCCUACGGAAGGUUACUACAUGAAGAAAGAUGUAAUUAGCCAGUCUGGGGACUUUGUGACUUCCCCUGAAAUAAGUCAAUUGUUUGGUGAGAUCUUGGCCAUUUGGUUUUACGCAGAAACUCAGAAAAUGGGCGCUGGAAAGCCAUUACAAAUAGUUGAACUGGGACCAGGCAAUGGGACACUUCUGAUAGAUAUUCUGAGGGUCCUAAAUCGUCUUCAAUACAAAGCCGAAGACUUGAGUCUUCAUUUAGUGGAGAUAUCAUCGACAAUGCAAAGGAUACAAGCUAACCGUAUAUGUGCAACUCAUAAAGAAACCUCAUUAGAUUUACCCUACAAUUACAUGGGUGAAACUGUGAGUGGGAUUAAAGUUUAUUGGUACAAUGACUUAAAGAAAGUGCCUAAUAAUUUUUCAUGGUAUAUAGCACAUGAGUUUUUUGAUGUUUUACCUAUUCACAAGUUUGAGAAAACUGAGAAAGGGUGGAGAGAGGUACUUAUUGAUUUGGACGAAUCUGGAAAGUUGUACUAUAGGAUUGCAGGGAAUGAAACACAGUCCGUCAGAACUCUAGUCAGGCCCCCAUUGGAUGCCGGUGACAGAACAGAGCUGGAAAUCAGCCCAAGAAGCCUUGGCAUAGCCAGACAGUUGGCUUACAGAGUUGAUCAGGAUGGUGGCUUAGCACUCAUAGCAGAUUAUGGACAUAAUGGUGAAAAAGGAGACACUUUUCGGGCCUUCCAAAAGCAUCAAGUGGUGGACGCAUUGGUAAAUCCAGGGGAAUCAGAUCUUACAGCUGAUGUGGAUUUCAGUCAGUUACGGAUAGCUGCGUCCAUGACUCCAGGGGAAGAGAAUUAUGCUUUGGUUACAGGACCUGUCAAACAGAUGGAGUUCCUCCAAAGACUGCAGGCUGAAGUCAGGUUGCAAGUUCUUCUGGACAAUGCUAAAUCAGAAAAGGAUAAAGAAAAACUGAAAGCUGCAUAUCAAAUGUUGGUAGAUCCAGACAAAAUGGGAGAAAGGUUUAAAUUUAUGGCGUUUUAUCCAUCUGCAAUGGCAGAAAUACUCGAGAAGUUUCCUCCUUUGGGAUUUACAAGUCCAUAAAAAUAGGAAUGUUACUUUUUUAUUGUUAGCAAGAUGAA